UCCACGUCGCAGUUCCGUCUCACAGGCGAACUCGCUGCGUGUGUAUGCGUGUCUCCAGCUAGGCCAGAGAGUGAUGGCGGCGCCCGUCCUGAGAGUGUCCACCCCUCGGUGGGAAAGAAUAGCCAGGCUUCUCGUCUGCCUGCUGGGCAUACUGCUGUCUCUAUAUGCCUUCCACGUCGAGAGGGAAAAGGCCCGGGACCCCAGUUACAAGGCUAUGUGCGACGUGAGCAGCUCCAUCAGCUGUUCAAAAGUGUUCAGCUCAAGGUGGGGUCGAGGAUUUGGACUCCUGGGCUCAAUUUUUGGAAAUGACAGCGCACUGAACCAACCCAACAGUGUCUACGGAAUUGUCUUUUAUGCCUUUCAGCUCCUUCUAGGAAUGACUGUCAGUGCAAUGGCCGCCCUUAUUCUCAUGACGACAUCCAUCUUGUCGGUGGUGGGUUCGCUGUACCUGGGCUACAUCCUCUACUUUGUCCUAAAGGACUUCUGCAUCAUCUGCAUCACCACAUAUGCGCUGAACUUCAUUCUCUUUAUUCUCAACUACAAGCGACUGGUUUACUUGAACGAGGCCUGGAAGCAGCAGCUUCAGGCCAAGCAGGACUAAGCUGUCGAGAACGGCAAGAAAAACAAGAUAAACAAACAAAAGAGAAAAAAAAGAAAUGUGACCUCUGAACAUUUUGACUUGCCACCAGGAGACCUUGCUUCCAAACAAUGUUUAUUCUGCUGUGUGUUCAAAAAAAAAAAUGAAGAAAUUUAACUUAAAUGUUGGGGCCUGACAUCUCAAUGUUGCAAACACGGAAGGAUUUGUAAGUGAAAGGUGAUUUUCUUUUAGUUUCUUUUUCCUUGUUUAACAUUGUACUCACUUAAGGAAGGGGCUGUGUGUGAGUGAGUGUGUUGUGUGUGUGUCAACCCGAGCAAGCAGAGGCAGAAGGCCACAAAACAGACCGACGGAGGACAGCUCUCUUUUGAACAAAAAGGAUCGCAGAAUGGAAGAACACAGGACAUUAAAGGGGUUUACUUGAAACGGUUAGAGAGGUCCUUUUACUGCACAGCGGAUCUGCACUUAAAACUCGGAAACGAGUAAAGGGUCCCAAAAAUUAAAAAAACACUCAUUAGGUCAUCGUACAGUUUGCAGAUAAGGUUCAAUGGCUGGGUGGGGUGGAAAGGGAGGGGGGGGGGCAAAAGGAUUAACAUUUAUACAGAGUAGUUUCUUUUCAUGUUUACACUUUGUAGUACGUUUCUUUUAUGAAGAGGACCACUAAAAAUAAACACAGGACAAUGUGAGAUAUUGUGUGUAGAUCAGUCAGAUUGUUUGUUUUGCAAUUCUGUAAAUAGCUGCUGAGCAAUACUCCAGGCUAGAUUGUGAUUUUAGUGUCGACACAAAUCUUUUAAGGACAAAAAAUAACACCAACAAAACAGGAGAAAACAUCGGUAAACGUGGAACAAAAUGUGGUAAAGGUCACAGUUAGGUGGGUGAAGAUGUGCUCGGGACAUCUUCCGUCCUGUAAUCCUGGUCAGGCAUGCAGUUCAGAGUUGUGUUGUUGUAAGUGGUUAUUGUUUCAUCUGAAGCCACCGACACAAGUCUUUUAAAACAUGGGUUAUUUUCACCAAGUUUGCAUAAAAGGCACCCUCACUCUUGUUUUUUGUUUGUUUUUGGUUAUUGUGUGAAAAGCAUUCCUGACCACCACACAAGUGGGAUCCAUAAAGACUUAUGUGCCUAAA